CCCAGCGUCAGUCUCCCGGAUUCUCCUCCUCCGUCGACGCAGCCGAAAGAGCGUGCCGGCGCCUGCCGCGGCCGCACCUCCCCCGCCGCCAGUGAUGGAGAGCCUGCUGGAUAACCCCAUGAAAGCCGUGCUGUACCUGAAGGAGCUCACCACCAUCGUGCAGAACCAGCAGAGCCUCAUCCAGACGCAGCGGCAGCGCAUCGACGAGCUGGAGCGCAAGGUAGAGGACCUGAUCGGCGAGAACCGGCAGCUGCGGGACCCCCACCAGUACGUGCAGCAUCAGCAUCGCCGCCAAGCUCAGCCGCAGCCGCCGGCCGCCCAGGCGCACGCCCACCCGCAUCAGCACCACAACAAGGCGGCGAGCGGUCAGCAUCAGCACCACCAUCAUCAUCAUCAGCGGUCCUCCUCCCCUCCUGCUCCGACUCCUCCCGCCGCUACCCCCGCUCCGGCGCCGCACCACCACCCGCAGCAUCUGCAGCUGGUGCCCGCCGCCUCACCUCAGCCCCCGCAAGCCGGUCAAAGCAGCCCGGAAGCCGCCGAGGAAGGCAAGAGGAGUCCGUGCUGCAAGUCGCUGGUCCCGCAGACCCCCACCGCCACCCUGUGCCGCUCGGUGGGACUGGCCAGGAAGGCUGACAACCAAACGGUGCUCCAUCAGUUCUGCUGCCCGGCCCCGGAGGCCCCCGAGGGGGAGACGUCGUCCGCCUGUGUCCCCAGCGAUGACCUUUCUCCGGACCCGUCAGUGGGGGAGGAAGGGAAGGGAGGAGAGGGGGAGCUGCAGAGUGAGGCCCCGUCACAACCGCAGCCCCAACAGGAGACGCCGCCGCCAUCGCAGCCCGAAUGCGAGAGCCCCCAGGCGCAGCCCUCGCCACCACCGCCCGAAACGGAACCUGAAUCCGAACCUAAGACGGAAGCCGAGCCAGAACUUCUCGAUGAUGCCCUGGAUGAAGAGUUGCCACAGGAAGCUGUGGACCAAGAAGAUGUGGAAGAAGAGGAAGUGAAAGAAAAGCAGGAGGUGCAGGAUGCCCAGGAAGAACUCAAAGUUGAAGAAGUGGAAGAAAAAGAAGAAGCAGCUGAAGUUGAGGAAAUGAAGGAGGAGGAGGAAGAUGAAGGCCCAAAAGAAAGCAGCACUGCGAGGAGAGCCAGCCUCCACCACACGGCGUCGCCCCUGAGGGUGCAACGCAACGGGGCCGGUUCGCACUCGGCCACCUCCGACUAUGAGCUCUCUCUUGACCUCAAAAACAAGCAGAUCGAAAUGUUAGAGCACAAAUACGGCGGCCACCUCAUUUCCCGCCGCGCCGCCUGCAAGAUCCAGACAGCCUUCCGCCAGUACCAGCUCAGCAAGAACUUCGAAAAGAUCCGAAACUCCCUACUUGAGAGUCGUUUGCCGCGCCGCAUAUCCUUGCGCAAGGUGCGCACCCAGAACACUGAGGGCUUCUCGGCUGAACGGGCCCUGGCUGAAGGCUGCAACUUGGCGGGCAUUCCUCUAGUGAGGUCGCCGUCGCUGCCCGCUUCAGUGGGCGGGAACCUGACUGAUCUGGAGGACUCCUUCACGGAGCAAGUCCAGUCUCUGGCAAAGUCCAUAGAUGAUGCACUCAGCAACUGGAGCCUGAAGACUAUGUGCUCGCUGCAAGAAGGCGGCGCUUAUCAGUUUAACGCGGCAGGAGAGGGUGGCGGACUUGGAGAUUCAACCAUUCAUCAAACCAUGCUGGACCCCGGCGACCUGUCCAAAAGUGCCAGCAAGCUCAUGAUGGCCUUCCGAGACGUGACGGUCCAGAUCGAUAGUCAGAACUUCCGCGUUUCGUCUUCCGUCAUGGAGUCUGUCACGUUGGGAGGCUGCGCCCAGCAAGAGGGAGCUGAGUCAAUCACAUCCAACUCCACUCCUCAGUCAAUCCCAUCUGCAGAAACCCCGGCUCCCCCAUCGGCUGAGCCCAUAGAUCCCCCACCGCCCCCCCAAGAGAACCCACCUCUCCCUGAAAUGGAUAUAUGUGAUCAGGAUAUGGAGUUUCCCGCUCCCCCUCCCAGUGAGGAAGAGCUCAGCGGGGAAGACCCGCUUCCCUCGACCCCCCUAGACAAAAUGGCUCCCCAGGAGGAAGACGCUGUGGUAGUGCCACCUCCACCCGAGCCCCCCAAACCUACCCCUCCGGCAUCCGAACCACUCGGGGUCAAUCGUAGCAGCUCGGAGACUGCAGACAACAGCUCAGAGCAGAUGAGCAGUAGUAGCGCCUCAACAGAGGCUCGCUCCACGUCUGAGGCCUCCUCCAAGGAGGCGCUGCAAGCCAUGAUCCUCAGCCUGCCGCGCUACCACUGCGAGAACCCCGCCAGCUGCAAGUCGCCCACGCUGUCCACCGACGUCAUGCGGAAACGCCUCUAUCGCAUUGGCCUCAACCUCUUCAACGUGAAUCCCGACAAGGGCCUCCAGUUCCUGAUCUCGCGAGGCUUCAUCCCGGACACGCCCAUCGGAGUGGCCCACUUCCUGCUGCAGCGGAAGGGUCUGAGUCGGCAGAUGAUCGGCGAGUUCCUCGGCAACAGCAAGAAGCCCUUCAACAGGGACGUCCUCGACUGCGUGGUGGAUGAAAUGGAUUUCUCGGGCAUGGAGCUGGACGAUGCGCUAAGGAAAUUCCAGGCCCAUAUUCGCGUCCAGGGAGAAGCCCAGAAGGUGGAACGUCUCAUCGAGGCUUUCAGCCAGCGCUAUUGCAUGUGCAACCCCGACGUGGUGCAGCAGUUCCACAACCCGGACACUAUCUUCAUCCUGGCGUUCGCCAUCAUCCUCCUCAACACUGACAUGUACAGUCCCAACAUUAAACCCGACCGCAAGAUGCUACUGGAGGACUUCAUUCGCAACCUCCGAGGUGUGGAUGACGGCGCAGACAUCCCCCGCGACAUGGUAGUAGGCAUCUAUGAGAGGAUACAGAUGAGAGAACUGCGCUCCAACGAGGACCACGUCACCUACGUCUCCAAGGUGGAGCAGUCCAUCGUAGGAAUGAAAACGGUGCUGUCGGUGCCUCACAGACGACUGGUGUGCUGCAGUCGACUUUUUGAGGUGACGGACGUCAACAAGGCCCAGAAGCAGGCGGCGCACCAGCGAGAAGUGUUCCUCUUCAACGAUCUCAUCGUGAUAUUAAAGCUUUGUCCAAAGAAGAAGAGUUCGGCAGCAUACACUUUCUGCAAAGCCCUCGGCCUUCUCGGCAUGCAGUUCCACUUGUUUGAGAACGAAUACUACCCGCACGGUAUCACCAUCUUGUCGCCGUUCGGCUCCGACAAGAAGCAGGUGCUCAACUUCUGCGCACAAAGUGCCGAGGAGCUACUCAAGUUUGUGGAAGACCUGAAGGAGUCAAUUGCCGAAGUGUCGGAGAUGGAGCAGAUACGUAUAGAGUGGGAGCUGGAGAAGCAGCAGGGAGCCAAGACUCACUCGAUCAACAACGGCACUCAACUGGAGCUGCGGGAAAAACACGGCGGCACGUCAGCAGGAAAUCAGGACGCGGAGGACAGAAGUGGACACAAUGCCGUCGAGGUGUCAAUUCACAACAGGCUUCAGACGUACCAGCUCAGCAGCAGUCUCGAGAGCGCGGGGCUUGUUAACCCCGGGGGAGAGCCGCUGUUCCGCCCGGGGCCGGCCGCCUCGCCCCGACGACCGAGCCCCCCGGUCCGCAGGCCGCACCCUCAGCCCGCCGCCAGCGUGGCCGACCUUCGGCCAGAAGCGCUUAUCCAGUGUCAGCGGAUAGUUAAGGUCAUCAUGCUGGACAACGGCGGCCACGCCCGCAUGGAGGCCUUCCUCAGCCACGCGCCAACCCACGCCCACACCCUCCCUUACCCCCACUACCACCCGCAUCACUACUACCAGCAUUACCAGAUGAGCCAGUCAGCCACGUCUACGCCGUUGCGCUCGCCCGACACCUCGCAAAGCGGCGGCGGAGACGGCCACCAACCCCCUCUGCCUCCGCCACCGCCGCCGUAUAACCACCCGCACCAGUACAUCCCCCCGGACCCCCGACUCGGUCUGCAUCGGACCCCUAGCGGCUCUCGGAGCAUGGUGUAAAUAGAAAUCAUUGAAUUAACCCCACUAUUUAACAGUACCAAAUGUACAUACAGAUGAAAAAUAUCAUCAGAUGAAUUAAAAAAAACAAAAAAAAAGCACUUAUAUACUUAUAUUUAUGCUUAGAUUUUAAAAAUAGAACCAGGCAAUGUCAUGAAUAAGUAACAUUUGACUUUUCAAAACCGAUUUAUCACCUUUAUAGGACUUUUUGCUGGUUUUAACUCGAUCUAAAAAUUGUGGAUGGACAAAGAGCGGAAAUAUCCCCAACCGCGACUCGUGCCAAAAAUCCAAGUGUCAUUACAAAUGCGGGAAAAAAAGAACUGGAAGGAUGAAUGGACACUUUGCUCCCACGCUGAAUUUUUUUUUUGCCUCUACAGGAAGUGAAUCGCUUCUAUUCAAUACAGACUUUUCAACUGAGACGCACUGUGGCAGCCAUGUUUUCCUCCAAAGUGGAGGACAAUGACGCUUCUUGGCUUUUUCAGGGAAUCUCGAAUUUCCCCGUUUAUUUUUUUAAGCUUUGUGCGUGUUUGCCACCCAUUCUCUGUGUUUGUCUUCUUGUAUCUCCUGCUUAUCUCUAUCGCUUGACAUUUAUCCCCCAAAAGCAAGAAAAACAAUGAAUAAACAACAGCUUGCAGGGACGGCAAAUGCUGAUAUUAACCAGGCCGUUAUCUGAUUUAUUUUUUCCCCAGAGCGUGGAUUGUAAAUAUCACAUCGUAAAGAUUUCGAAAGGGACAAGCAGCCUCUUAAUAAUCACGUGACCUUCACUCUGAAAUGGGUCACCCGAUGCCCCGGUUCUCAUCUUUUAUGCAUAAAAAAAGCUUUAGCUUCCAGUUGACAGCUACUAGUCAGAUUUAUUGAUCUUUUGGACUCUGGGUGCCUCUUUUAUUUACAGAUAACCUCACAUGGACUCUGAAAAGAGUGUGAUAUGAAAGGACAAAUGAGCACUUUCUGCCAAGUGUAUCUUGAUAAUUUCUGAAUAAUUGCUGCUAUUUAUGCUGUUUCAAGACCUGACACUAAAUAGGUAAAAAUAAUUUUGAAAUCACCUUAAAUUUUGAUGACAACCCCAAAUAAGAGUUUUUAUUUAUACUUAUAGGUUUGAGAAACAGUGGGGCUUUUUUUCCCCCUCAGUUGUAUUGCAUGUUGUCACCACAGUAUGUUUUGGUGCAUGACUGAAUUAAGUACGAGCACAUGAAUGGGAAAUAAAGGGGCACUUUUUUUUCUUUUUUUAAAUAAACAUAUACACUGCUGGCCAAAAGUAUUGGCACCCGUGCAAUUCUGUCAGAUAAUGCUAAAUUUCUCCAAGAAAAUGAUUUCACUUAAAAAUGCUUUGGUAGUAAUAUCUUCAUUAUUUUUAUAGCGAUGAAAAAACACAAAAAAGACUUUUUCAUGAUCAUUUUACACAAAACUCCAAAAAUGAGCCGAACAAAAGUAUUGGCACCCUUUGAAUAAUCAUGUGACGCUUCUCUAAUUUGUGUAAUUAACAGCACCUGUAGCACAUACCUAAGGGGUGGUUUACAUGGUGACUCUCCGAGAAUACGAAAAAUUUCAAAUUUGCAUUUAUAUGGGCCCGUCUCCAUUCGAACAAUGUCUCAAUUCCGCAUGAAAACGAUGUAGUAUUCAUGCCAAGCCUAGAGGGCAGUGCAGAUUUACAAGGUGACAGCGAAUGAUGCCCUUUGACCCCACCAAAGUUCCUCAGCCUGGAAAAAAAAUAUACCCGCCGACUCGAAGCAAUGACAUUUUUCUUUUGUUCAAAAAGGCACAAAAAUGGAAACGUUCAACAUAUUUAAUUUAAAAAUAUUAUUAAAACAGUAAAUUAAAGCAGACAUUCCGCCAAAUUUGCUGUUUUAAUGUUUAGUAGCACCGCUGCGCACACCGAAUGUGACGUGUACGAGUGCUGACGUUAUCGGCGCGGUCUCGCACCGCGGGAGCCUUUGAUAUGCAUGCGGAGGAAGCCCCCUCAAUCCCCUUCAAUCGAAUUCUUCCACUUUGGAGGCAGGAUUCAGAAUUUUUCGUCUUCGAAGACACCAUAUGCACGCGAGGCCACUACACAACAGUCAUUGCGUCUACGUGUCGGAGUCGCCAUGAAAAAGCCCCUCAAUCACACUUGCAGCCAGUUAAAAUGGAUUAAAGUUGACUCAACCUCUGUCCUGUGUCUUUAUGUGUACACAUUGAGCAUGGAGAAAAGAAAGAAGACCAUUUAACUGAUGAAGAAUUCAGAAG